AUCUUUCAAAACUACUUUGAUUCUGACUAAUUAUAUAAUAACUGAUUAACAGUGUAAACAUUAUCAACACUCUACAUCACCAAACAUGGACACGGUUGAAGAGGGGAAACAACCACUUCUAAUCACCGUCACCCAUGCCGGAGACGUUCCGGAACUCCGAUCAAUACCAUCAAAUGAACAAAUAUCAGAAUCAGCUAACACCUCACGCUGGUCAUUCCUCUUUAAACUCCUUCUCGUCAUCACAACCAUCGGUGUUUCCACAGCAGGUAUCGCGUUAAUCAUAUUGAUCACACCAACCCCACCAACCGUUCACAUACACUCCAUGCAUAUAGCAUUCAACGAACGUCAUCUCCCAAUCUGGAGAAAACACGUGGGGACGGUAAGAAUAGGGGCGUUCGGGCAGAGCGGUGGGGAAGGGAACGAGGUAGCUGUGAAGGGAGAUGAAACCGGAGUUAUCGAUGAAGAGGCGGCUCGGGGAAUGGAGGAGGAUGUGGCGUUGACGGGAAGUGUGGUAGGUCUUGAUAUGGUGUUUCUAGGGAGGGUAGGGUUUUAUCCGGUAGCUUCUACUGUAUGGGGUAAGCAGAACAUGACGGCUGUUUGCAAGAACGUGAGUGCUAUGUUGUCUACUGAUGAUGAUGAUGAUAAACUCAAUAAGACAAAGAGUUGGGGCUUGACGUUUGAUGAUCGACAAGAUUGUCGUGUACGUCUUCCUGUGUUUCCUUAGGGUUAGUUGAGUACAAUCGUUGAAAUUGAGAUCUACAAUAAUCGUAGAUUUGUUUGUUGUUACAUUUGUUAGGAUUGUAUGAUGUCGAUGACUUAUGAUAUGACUUGACUAAUUUAUCGCUAACAACUUUAUUUUUAAUUGAUUUUGAGAAACAAAUCGGAAGAAUUGAUAUUUUCCAAGAUAUGGAAUUAAGGCAAUGAUACUGUUAGUCAGCAAAGAUAUUAAUUCCUUACAAAUAUAUGCCAUCAUAUAAUAUCAAUUGAAGUGUCGUGGAUAUACCUCGGCCCACUAAUCACAAGUAGCCCAACCAACACAUGUAUUCGACUAACGUAUAUAUAUCAAGAAUCAAGAUCAACAAUCUUCAGGUUAGAACAAGGAAUCGUUUAUUUAUUUGGUAAAGACGUUUUUUUGGGUAUCACUGACUAAUUGGUUUUAUGUUUCUGCAAAGGAUCCGAAGAACAAGAAUGUGGUGAGUUGUGAUGAAAAGCUGAAGAAUAUUUUGCUUGGGAAGCAGCGAGUGGAGGUUCCUUCUGAUCUUAUCAAGUUGCAUUUCACCAAAGC